AGGAUGCGGGCAGAGGUAUCAGGUGCAGUGAGUGAGGUGCAGUGUCAUCAUCGGCUAUCGGCAGAAGCGGGGAUUCCCAGCACACACGCAGCACAGCUCACGCGGCUUCCCGGUUCCCCCCAGUAGUGACGUCACGUCCAGCAUGCAUUGCGCGGCGCAGCUGUCAGUGCAGGAAGAUGGCGGAGGGCGGAGUGGUUGAUCUGGAGACCCAGAGAUCCGAAGUGUCGACGCUGCUGAAGACCCCGCUUCGAAGAGGGGACACCUGGUACUUGAUUGAUAGUCGCUGGUUCAAGCAGUGGAAGAAAUAUGUGGGUUUUGACAGCUGGGACAAGUACCAGAUGGGAGAUCAGAAUGUGUAUCCAGGUCCUAUCGAUAAUUCCGGACUCCUCAAAGUCUGUUUUGCAGAUACUGACACACAGUCUCUCAAGGAGCAUCUUAUUGAUGAACUUGAUUACAUUCUGUUGCCUACCGAAGGCUGGAACAAGCUUGUUAGUUGGUACACGGUGAUGGAGAAUCAGGAACCUAUAUCUCGCAAGGUAGUUGAACAGGGUAUGUUUGUAAAGCACUGCAAAGUCGAAGUGUACCUAACUGAAUUAAAGCUAUGCGAGAAUGGCAAUAUGAACAACGUGGUAACCAGACGAUUUAGCAAAGCUGACACACUAGAUAUGAUUGAAAAAGAAAUGAGGAAACUCUUCAAUAUUCCAGAUGAAAAAGAGACCAGACUGUGGAACAAAUACAUGAGCAAUACCUUUGAACCUCUGAAUAAACCUGAAAGCACUAUACAGGAUGCUGGCUUGUAUCAAGGACAGAUGUUAGUAAUAGAACAGAAAAACCAAGAAGGGCAGUGGCCAAGAGGAUCAAUGCCGAAGUCACCAGGUGCACCACAUUUUUCAGCAUUUUCAAAAGUUUCUCCUCCAUCUCUGUCAAAUAUUUAUAGCAACAACUUCAACAACCGAAAUGUGAAAAAUUCAAACUAUUGCCUACCUUCAUAUGCUGCCUACAAGAACUAUGAAUACUCGGAGCCAGGAAGACAUAAUGAGCAACCAGGACUUUGUGGCUUAAGUAACCUUGGAAACACUUGUUUUAUGAAUUCUGCAAUUCAGUGUUUGAGCAAUACCCCACCACUUACAGAAUACUUCCUUAAUGAUAAGUAUCAAGAGGAGUUGAACCUGGAUAACCCUUUAGGUAUGAGAGGAGAAAUAGCCAAGUCUUAUGCAGAGCUCAUCAAGCAAAUGUGGUCAGGAAAAUACAGCUACGUAACUCCAAGAUCAUUUAAGACUCAGGUAGGCCGUUUUGCACCUCAGUUUUCUGGUUAUCAGCAGCAGGAUUGCCAAGAACUACUUGCUUUUUUAUUAGAUGGCCUACAUGAAGAUUUAAAUCGAAUCCGAAAGAAGCCUUACAUUCAACUCAAGGAUGCAGAUGGGAGGCCAGACAAGGUCGUUGCUGAAGAAGCCUGGGAGAACCAUAUAAAGAGAAAUGAUUCGAUUAUUGUUGAUAUAUUUCACGGGUUAUUUAAGUCUACCUUAGUGUGUCCUGAAUGUGCAAAAAUUUCUGUGACAUUUGAUCCUUUUUGUUACUUAACACUUCCACUACCGAUGAAAAAGGAGCGCACACUGGAAGUAUAUCUUGUUAGAAUGGAUCCUCUUUCUAAACCUAUGCAGUACAAGGUAAUUGUUCCAAAGAUUGGGAACAUUAUGGACCUUUGCACAGCUCUUUCAUCACUGUCUGAUAUUGCACCAGAAAAGAUGGUGGUCACAGAUAUUUACAACCAUAGAUUCCACAGGAUAUUUGCAAUGGAUGAAAACCUGAGUAGCAUUAUGGAGCGUGAUGACAUUUAUGUAUUUGAAACAUCAAUCAACAGAACAGAAGAUACAGAGCAGGUCAUAAUUCCUAUUUAUUUACGUGAGAAGUUUCGCCAUACUAGUUAUAGUCAUCACCAUGGUUCAACAUUAUUUGGCCAACCUUUUCUCAUGACUGUGCCUAGAAACAUCACUGAAGAUAAGCUGUAUAACCUUCUUUUAGCAAGAAUGUGCCGAUACGUAAAAAUUCCAACCGAGAGUGAAGAAAUUGAUGGCCCUCUGCAUUGUAAUAAAGAGCAUACCAUUAAUGGAAAUGGCCCAAAUGGUAUCCAUGAAGAGGGUUCUCCAAGUGAAAUGGAAACUGAUGAACCAGAUGAUGAAUCUAGCCAGGAUCAAGAGCUUCCUUCAGAGAACGAGAACAGCCAAUCUGAAGACUCUGUUGGAGGAGAUAAUGACUCAGAAAAUGGAUUGUGCACUGAAGAAACCUGCAAAGGACAAUCACUCACAGGGCAGAAAAAGCGCUUUUUUACAUUCCAGUUUACCAAUUUGGGUAAUGCCGACAUCAGUUAUAUCAAAGAUGAUACCCGAUACAUUAGAUUUGACGAUAGACAACUCAGGCUAGACGAAAGCUCCUACCUUGCCUUGGAUUGGGAUCCCAAAAUGAAGAAAAAAUAUUUUGAUGAAAAUGCAGCAGAGGAUUUUGAAAAACAUGAAAGUGUUGAUUUCACUCCCCAAAAAAAGACCUUCAUGAAAUUAAAAGAUUGCAUUGAACUUUUUACAACAAAGGAAAAGCUAGGUGCUGAAGAUCCAUGGUACUGUCCGAAUUGCAAAGAACAUCAGCAAGCAACCAAAAAAUUAGAUCUUUGGUCUUUGCCUCCUGUUUUAGUGGUGCACUUGAAACGCUUCUCAUAUAGUAGAUAUAUGAGGGAUAAGUUGGAUACACUAGUUGAUUUUCCUGUAAGUGAUUUGGACAUGUCAAAGUUCCUCAUAAAUCCCAAUGCAGGACCUUGUUGCUACAAUUUAAUUGCUGUGUCAAACCACUAUGGAGGAAUGGGAGGCGGACAUUAUACAGCUUUUGCAAAAAAUAAAGAUGAUGAGAAAUGGUAUUAUUUUGAUGAUAGCAGUGUUUCAACUGCAUCAGAAGAUCAGAUAGUGUCCAAAGCAGCCUAUGUUCUGUUCUAUCAGCGUCAGGAUACGAUAAGCGGAACUGGCUUCUUCCCUCUGGACCGAGAAUCCAAACAAGGUGCUUCAGCUGCCACGGGUGCCCCACUGGAAAGUGAUGAGGAAACAAAUGAAAAUGAAAACGACAUUGAGAAUGAAAAUUGUAUGCAUACCAACUAAAAAAAAAAAAGAGGCCUGUGAUCAUAUACAUAGGGAAGGAAAACACACUUCAUAAAUGUUCGCCAAAUAUAUAUUUUAUUUUAUUUUCUUUGCCCAAAAAAGAAAAAUAUCAGCUGGCAGAAUGUAAACUGUUUUUGUCUUUUUUUUUGUUGUUGCAAUUUUCCUUCAAAGGACGAUGCAAUAGAAGCUGUGAUUGAACAAUCGCUACUUUAUUACAUAGUUACAUAGACCUAUAUUUAAGAAUGAACAAAAAUUGUCUUCUUAAUUUUUGCUGCUCUCAUAAAUAGUUGAGGUUAAUGUAUGCUAUUAAAUUAUAUAUUGUAAAUCCUCAGUCGCUCAGGGUCCUGUAUUUUAUUUCUUCAAUGCGUAAAAGGCUCAUAAGUGCAGGACAAAGUUUUAAUUCUUAGUGAUCUGCUGAGCUCAUGAGGAUAGAAAGAGUAAUAGAUACUAUGUUAUCAGUUGCUCAGUUAAUAUUUUUUUUUUUUGUUUUAUUUACAAGGCAGAAAUAGAGCCAGUUUUGCUUGUUUUGGGUUUGUUUUUUGUUUUUGUUUCUCCAGGCCUGAGAAAUAGAUCUAGCAGAUCAAUAUUUAAUUCACUCUGGAAUCUGUGCAAACCACUUAACAUCUACUAAUGAUAUUGCUGGAAUAUCAAAGGUGUUUUAGCCUUUUGAAAUAUAGUUUUACUUAAAAAUGUGUACUGGAUUUGGAUUUCAUAAUGCUGUGUCAAAAUGAGUUUUGAUUGAAUGUAAGUUUCUCUUGUCACUUGUUAAAUCGCUGUUAUAAUUGCUUAAAAUUGAUGCAUUUUUAUCUACUUCUGUAAGUCAGAUGUUAAACUUUUUGUGUUUGUAAAGUUCUCCCCAUCAUAACAUUUUAGUUGGGGAGCUUGGAGCUCUCUAGUGAUAGUGUAAAUUUAAAAAUUUAUAUAAUGGCACCCAGUGCCUGUGACAAUGACUGUGGAUUUAUCUUAAAUGAGAUAUUAUUUUCAUUUUAUUUGCAUUUUAAGAUGUACAACUUUAUCCAAGAUAGGUUGGUGGAAUUUAUAUUCUCCCCUUUAAAAGUCACCAUGGCCUUACAACUGAUCUCAAAGGAUAAAUUGUUACAGGAAUAGGAAAUUUGCAUGUUCAAUUAUCAGAACUGUGUAUAUUGCAUUCAAGCCUUGGGUAUCAUGUUGGCUAACUGCAUUCAAGGGUCCAGGUUGCCAAAAAAUAUAAAACAUAGAACAUUUUGUAAAACAGGUUGUUUAUUUGCUGCUUUACCUGUGAUCUUGUUUGAAGAAUGUAUUGUUGUUUUGUAUACUGCCUAUGACAGGCCUCUGUAAAUGUUGGGACAUGCUUUACAUAUCUACUACCUGAGGAAUUUCUUUGCUGUUGCAGCAGGAGAGAACUAAGAAAAUUAGAAAAAAAAGGUAGAACGUUCUCCACUUAAACCAAUGUAAUUAAAAUGCAAUAGGUUUUAAAUUGUGUAUUGUAAAUAAAAGUUCACUCUGUGAGUGCACAUUUUGGUAAAUUAUUUUAUUUAUACAUUAGCAUUAAGAACACACAUAAAUACAUUUGACCAGGAGACAUAAGGGUAUGGCUUUGCUUUCUAGCUAAAUAUUAAAGCUAAUGUGAUAUCCUGGUAUUUUAAAGCUGCUUUGUUUUCAUUUUUUUAUGUCAAAUGUUAACCUCCUGCAUGACGGAGGUGACAGGUUUGUCUGCACUUUAAGUUCACGGGUUUACAUUUAAAAUGUGCAUGAUUAAUUUAUUUAUAUGAAUUUCAAUAAAGUUGUUGAAGGCCUUA